AUGCACGCACGCGCCAUCAUUCUUGCCGUAGCUAUGGUGCUCCCCACCAUGGCAGCACCAGUACCAGCACCAAUCAACAAUAUCAGUCCAUUAACAACAAUCGAGAGCCGCAGUGAUUUCUCUGUCGUAAAUCUGUUCAAAGACCUCUUGCGGAGAGAGCCAGUCACCAUAUCGACAGAGAGCCUGGUCGGGCGUGGAAAGGGAGUUCCAUGGACACCCAAGCGUGAUGCUGAGGCAACAAUCGACGUAGUCAAGCGUGGGAAGGGAGUGCCGUGGACACCUAGGCGCGACGCGGAGGCACCAAACGACAAGCGUGGGAAGGGAGUGCCGUGGACACCCAAGCGCGAUGCCGAGGCAUCAACAGACAAGCGUGGUAAGGGAGUACCGUGGACACCCAAGCGCGAUGCUGAAGCACCAAACGACAAGCGUGGGAAGGGAGUACCGUGGACACCCAAGCGCGAUGCUGAAGCACCAAACGACAAGCGUGGAAAGGGAGUGCCGUGGACACCCAAGCGCGAUGCCGAGGCCACAAACGACAAGCGUGGGAAGGGAGUGCUGUGGACACCCAAGCGUGAUGCUGAGGCAUCAAACGACAAGCGUGGAAAGGGAGUGCCGUGGACACCCAAGCGUGAUGCUGAGGCAUCAAACGACAAGCGUGGAAAGGGAGUGCCGUGGCACCCUAAGCGCGAUGCUGAGGCAUCAAACAACGUGGUUGUGCGUGGAAAGGGUGUGCCAUGGACACCUAAGCGCGACGCUUGA